UUUCCGUGUUUCACCCACCUCCUUCCUUAAAUCUUUCCCUCCCGCUGUCCAAAACGAAGCUCCCGCGAGCUCCAUUAAUGGCGACACCCAACCCUCCCACUCCCCCUUACCCAAAGAAGAAACCCAAAGCCUAACUCUAACCCUAACCCUAACCCUAAUCUCAUAUUUCUCUGGGGGACCUCGCUUUAUCAUGGGAUACCAGCCGCUCCACCAUGGCGGCGCGAACGUCUCCGGCGAUGGCGUUUCCCACCACAAUCACCAGCAGCACCACCACCACCAGCGCGGCAGCGUCGGUAGCCCCCGCUUCGCCGCGUCCAUGACGCGGCGGACGCACUCGUUCAAGCGCGCGGGGAACGGCGAGAUCGAGCUCCAGAUCAACUCCCCGAGGUCGCCCGCGGAUGGCUCCGGGAGCCCUAGGGGCGACGCCGCGGAGCCGCUGCAGGGCGCCGCCGCCGCGGCGGCGCCGGCGGCGGGGCACCUGUAUCAUCACCAGAACCUUCGGCUGCGGCUUGGGGUGCCGCUUCUCGGGAAAUCGCUAUUCAAGAAGCACGUCGCCACCGGGGAGGUGGGGCUCCGGGAGCGGAAGAGGCUUGGGAAUGUGUUGUUCUUGGUGUUCUGUGGCGUGUGCCUGUUGCUCGGGGUCGUUAAGAUCUGCGUUGGUGGGUGGCUCGGGGCGACGAUAAACCGAAAGGCGCGGAAUUUUCAGGACUUACCUGGCACUCAAUUUACUGGUGAGAAAGUUCAAUUCUUUCAUGACCAGCGUCAUAGUGUUGGGAGUGACAGACUUAUGACUGUAACCUCCACCAUAAGUGCAACACAAGACGUUGUGAUUGAGUCUUCAAGCAUAUGGGCCAAGCCCAACAGUGAAAAUUUUAGACAAUGCAUUGAUACAAGUUCUCAUAAGAAGCUGGACACCAAGACAAAUGGUUACAUUCUCAUAAACGCAAAUGGAGGACUGAAUCAGAUGAGAUUUGGGAUCUGCGAUAUGGUAGCAGUUGCUAAGAUCAUGAAGGCAACGCUGGUUCUUCCUUCACUUGACCAUACCUCUUACUGGGCAGAUGACAGUGAUUUCAAAGAUUUAUUCAAUUGGGAACAUUUCAUUGAAACCCUGAAGGAUGAUGUUCAUAUAGUUGAAAGCUUGCCAGCUGCUUUUGCGGGCCUUAAACCUGUAAUCAAAACACCAAUAUCCUGGUCUAAGGCCAAUUAUUACAAAACAGAUGUUCUGCCACUUCUCAAAAAACAUAAAGUCAUAUACUUAACUCAUACAGAUUCCCGUCUGGCAAACAAUGGGCUCCCUAGUUCUAUACAGAGACUAAGAUGCCGUGUAAAUUACAGGGCAUUGAAGUACUCUUCUCCUAUUGAAGAACUAGGAGCCACCUUAAUUUCGAGAAUGCGCAAAGAUGGAAGUCCAUAUCUUGCUCUCCAUUUAAGAUAUGAAAAGGAUAUGCUGGCAUUCACUGGCUGCAGCUAUAAUUUGACAUCUGAAGAAGGGGAGGAGCUCCGUCAAAUGCGUUAUGAAGUAAGCCAUUGGAAGGAGAAAGAAAUCAAUGGGACAGAGAGAAGGCAGAUGGGCGGUUGCCCUCUGACUCCGAGAGAAACUUCCCUUUUGCUAAAAGCGCUAGGCUUCACAUCGAGCACGAGAAUAUAUCUAGUGGCUGGCGAUGCUUAUGGAGCUGGCAGUAUGCGCUAUCUCUUAGAGGAUUUCCCCAACAUUUACUCCCAUUCAACCCUAGCUACAGAAGAGGAACUCGCGCCCUUCAGAAAUCAUCAGAACAAGCUUGCUGGUUUGGACUAUGUUGUUGCUUUACAGAGUGACGUCUUCGUUUACACGUAUGAUGGAAACAUGGCCAAAGCUGUGCAGGGUCAUAGACGUUUUGAGGACUUCAGAAAAACAAUUAGCCCUGACAGGCUGAAUUUUGUAAAACUUGUCGAUGAAUUUGACGAAGGAAAGAUAUCAUGGAAGAAAUUCAGUUCAAAAGUGAAAAAGAUACACGAAGAUCGAAUCGGGUCUCCUUAUUUGAGGGAACCCGGAGAAUUUCCAAAGCUGGAGGAGUCUUUCUACGCUAACCCUCUACCAGGCUGCAUAUGUGAAAGACAACAGGACAUGAAAUGACAAUUACAAUCUGUCGAUAAUUAAAAUCAAUAAAUAGAGGCCACUUUACAUGCAUGGCUUUCGUUAUAUGGAUGAAGAUACCUAAAAGCCUAAGAGCAUUUUAGCGAAGAAUGAAUCACUAUGCUGAUUACGGACGCUAUGGGAAAUUAUAUUUCAUGUCUCUGGAGAAAUUAAUCAUUGGAUAUCUGAACGCAGUUUCGUGCCCUCUCAGAAAGACAAACAAUCAGUCGAAACUCUACGGAACCUGUACAGUGGCCAAGUGUAAUCUUUGCUGAGCUGAGAAAAAUGAAAAUUACACGAAUAUAGAGAAUCCUCUUAAAUGAUGAAGCAUGUCGGCGAACAAGGUGACCUACUUUUCUUUCUGUUGUUGUUGCUCCUGCUGCUCUGGCUGAUUUCCUUGGCAAUGCUGUUCAUUUCUCUUUUUUGUUUUCCACUUCAUUUAUGUUACAUAUUCAUUGUUAGAAAGAAUAGCUGAGGCAAGAAAGUACCUUAUGGAACAAAUCUCAUUCUUAUGAUACAAAAUCAACUGACUACAUAUUCUUUUCCUCUGAAAUUUGCCUGUCGCGAGUCUGUUGUUAGCUUGUUUACUUAUAUUUGAAUCAACCAAUUCGAGAACAAUUGGAUGAGCCAAUAUAUUGCGUUCUGUGUUUGUGUCAA